CUCUGCCUUUUCCCAUCCCUCCCCUUCGCAUCUCUGCUCCUCGCACCUCUGCCCGUGUGCACUCCCUGCCCCUCGACCCUUUACAUCUUUCCCCCUUUGCAGCCCUGCCCGCUUGGACCUCAGCCCUCUGGGUGUCUGCCUCCUUGCACCUUCCACUUCCCCGCUUCCCGGGCUCUUUGAACCCCCUCCCUUUCUCUUCCCUGCCCCUUCGCAUCUCCGCCUCGCCGCCUCCCUGCCCCAUCCACCCCCGGCCCUUUCGCACCUCUCCCCCUUCCCCCCACAACCCCCGCAGCCUCCGGGGCAGCGACCCCAGGCCGUGCCCCCCCCUCCUUCUCCAGCCCCCCGUAACCCCGCUCCCCUGCCCGCCUCGGCGCUCCCCUGGCCCGGCCGCGGAGCCGCCCGCGAUGCCGCCUCCUCCGCGGCUGCUGCCGCUGCUGGUGCUGGGCUUGGGGCUGGGGCUGGGGGGGCGGGCGGCCGGUGGGGGGGGCUGCCAGCUGCCGGCGGAGUGGCGGCCGCUCAGCGAGGGCUGCCGGGCCGAGCUGGCGGCGAUCAUCGUGUACGCGCGGGUGCUGGCGCUGCACCCCGACCCGUACGGCGCAUACAACUACCUGCCGUGGCAGAGGGGCCACCCCGCCGGCCUCCAGCAUGAGGAGGGGGGGCUCUUUUACUCGGCCGAGAUCGAGCUGCUGUGCGACCAGGCGUGGGGCAGCAUGUUGGAGGUGCCCGCUGGCUCCCGCCUCAACCUCACCGGCCUCGGGUACUUCUCCUGCCACUCGCACACCGUCAUGCAGGGCUACAAUUAUUUCUUCUUCCUCCGAAUGGAUGAGAACUACAUCCUCCUGCCGCACGGAGUCAACUUCCAGGAGGCAAUUUUCCCAGAUACCCAGGAGAACAGAAGGAUGUUUGCCAGCCUUUUCCAGUUCUCUAACUGCUCGCAGGCGCAGCAUGUGUUGAGCUUCUCCAGUGACUGGGAGAUUCAAGAGGACAACAGGCUCAUGUGCUCCUCGGUCCAGAAAGCACUUUUUGAGGAGGAGGACAGAGUGAAGAAGCUUCAGCAGAAAGUGGCAACGUUGGAGAAGCGCAACAAGCAGCUGCGAGAUCGGGUGAAGAAAGUCAAGAGGUCUCUCCGGCAAGCCAGGAAAAACACCAGGCACAUGGAGCAGAUGAACAGAAAGCUCAGCGAGAAACUUUCCUCUGUAGGCGGCCAACUCCCCUAUAUUAACUCUUUGAAGCAGGAGAACUCCCAUGCUACCUACCUUAAAGUAUAAUGCAAGGGAAGUGCCUCAAGGGUCUCAGUGACUCCCUAAAGUGCCUUUAUCAUUGCCUAUCCAACGGCGUUGGAAACCACAUCAUUUUGGGACUGUGUCUAGGACAUAAUCCAGCUUCUGCAGUCAGGAGUGGACUUAGCCUGACUGUUAGUGGGUGCUGGCUUAGGUUCAACACACAAUUUCGGAUCCUGUUUUCAAGUUGGUUUAAUGUACAGUGUGGACAAGACUUCAAGUUUUGUAAUCACUGUUUGAGGUAUAAUGGAGGUUGCUGGGCAGCCUCAUUUAGUUACACUUAGAUACUGUAGAGACCACAUCAAUAUCAGCAGGGCAUUAAAAAUUAAGGUAGUUUAUAUAUGUAUAUAUUUUUAAAUCCUAUAGAAAAUAUUUUUAUUACACAUUUGAUAUAGUCUAAUUUCUUAAAAUAUGAAGUAAAUCCUGUUUCUUAGUUAUCUUGUUAAAAAGAAGUCAUGUCCUUUAUUAGAUAUUUACAAACUGAUUUCUGCUCAAGCAGCAUAAGUUAAGGCAUCAGUAGCUGAUGACAUUUUCAGCUGUGUUAAUGUACCAGAGUCUUGGGUCUUAGGACUUAACCAACCUUCCUUCAUAAGGGGGCACCAUAAGGAGAGAAAGGCAGAAGAAGAAUUUUCAUGGUUUUCUUCCCUUCUCAAAACGGUUUUUCUUUCUCCAAGCAUGAGACACAAGUGCAGAUCUGCUUCAUGCUUUUUGACAGGGGCAGCUGGUCCUUGCCCAGCCCCGGGCAACACUGAUGAUCCGCCAGGGCUAAACCCGAUUUGUACAAGGUGGACUGAUCCAGAUGGUCUUUAACAUAGAGAUGAGGGACUCAGAAAUAAAUCUGCAAACUACUGCUCUGCUCCUAACUCUCCACACUUUAUCAGGUCCCUGCAUGGCCUCCACGCUGUGCCUCAGCUCUCAAAAUUGGGAUAUAUCCAGGUUAUAGCCCUGUUUCACCAUGUUUUAACUAUCCCCGCACUAGGAAAAGCCCGUAUCAGCUUUCAGCCAUGAGCUUCAGUCCAAGCUCAACUCAGAAGUUAAGCCUUGUGCUGGCUUCUAGGAUGCUGCUGAGUUUAACUGCUUUCCAGUUUUGCUCUUUUUGGAACUAGAACUCCUUUUUGGGUUUUUUUUCCCCUUGAAAUAACAUUGGCAUCUCUUAAGAUUCUGACUCCUCCAUGAGCUCCACCGGUUUCAAAGGCUUUGCCUCCAGAAUCAGCACAAUUUGAGUUGUUUUGUGCUGUAGUCAGCAACGCUGUUUCCUGAGAAUUACUACAGACCGAAGGCUUCCCCAGAAGCCAUCGUGAGAUUUUAUCUCCAAAACUUAAACCCGUAGGAAAGUAACUGGUUUUUUGUUUUUAAUUUCUCAUUUCUAAACUGCUGAUUGAACAAAUGAACUGUUUUUCCUGGUAUAGGUAUUAAAAGCUUGUGUUUUAAUUUUUUUGUCAAUAAAAAUAUUCUCUCUGUUAUCCA